AUGUCGUUUUGGGGCUUAAUGUUGAAGUCCAAAACGGUGCCGUUUAGUCCCUAUAUAAAUACCAAAAAUCUGGAGAAAGAAAAAGCAUUUCCCUUUUAUUUCUUUUCAAAAAUUUUAGAGGAUUCUCUGAAACCCUCUCCUCCUCUCCUGAAUUCGGUCGCCGGACCAAUCUUCGGCAGCCGUGGUCCGCCGCCGUCGACCACCAUACACGGCGGUCAGAACUCCAAAAGGGUUAGGCGUGGUCAACGGAAGGGAGCAGGUGGAGGAAGCAUGCUGCAGGCGGUGGCAGAGGUCAAAAGACUGGCAUGGCAGAGGACUUAGGGGCAGCUAGGGUUUCUUCUGCCUCUUUCUUUGCUAAAAAUUUUUUAGAUUUUGGGCCAUUUGGGCUUAGGUUUUUUUUGCAAUUUGGACUGGACUUUAUUAUUAUUUUUAUUUGAGCUAUUAAUAUUUUUUUUGUUUUGGUUUUAUUUAUUUGGAUUUGUUUGGGCUGGUCAAUUUAGUUGGGUCCGGGCAAAUUGGGCCUACUACAACUUGUAUAAAUUUAUUUCUUUUUAA